AUGGUUCAAUUCAAUCCUGGAUGCAUCUAUUAUUUUGAUUUAGACUUGCCUAUGAAACAAAGAUAUUCGUAACUUUUUCCGAAAUAUGCGCCAUUGGUAAGAAAAUACUGCUAAAUUUGGUUGGAGACAAAUAAACCAUCUUAGGAACAUCUAAAUGAUCUAAAAGUAUUGAACUUUAAUUGACUAAUAGAAACUGUUUGAGACUCACCCAGAUAAGGAAUUGCUUGAAUUUGUUAAAUAUUUUGCUAAGGAAUGCGGGAUUGACGAGAGGUAAUGAUACAAUACUAUAAGAUAAGCAUAAUUUUGUACAUACAAUUUAUGUAUGAUUUUGGAUUUGAUGACUCUUUAUCAAUGGGAUGCACUAGCAUAUUGAUUAAUCAAGAGAAACCUUACAUUGUAAGGAAUCUUGAUUGGGAUUUCAAUGAUGUCAUAAGGGCUUUAACUAUAAAUGCUAUUUAUAUUAAAAAUAAAUAGGUAGUAUCCAUUCACUUAGCAAUAGUAUCUCAAUUAAUGACUCCUCACACCAUGUAAUGCAGUAGUAUUCAUAUCAUAGUAAAAACCAAUCAUAUGCUAUCAGUUUAAAUUUCUUAUGGCCUCAAUACAAGGUUGAGCAAUAAUGGCAAAGUGUUCUAUAAAAUGUCCAUAUACCCAGCAUUGGAAGGUUGAUUUAUAGAUUGUCAGUUACCAAUCACAUAUAUGAUGAUUUAGUGAAUGUGUUAAAGGAUGUAAUAGUACAGCAUCACGGCUUAUUAAAUAUUGUCGGAAACAAAAAAAAUUAAUGUGCAAUAUUUUAUAUUAAUGAUUGGUUUAACACUCAGAAAUAUCAAUUUUAGCAUGAAAUCAAAAGUAAUGAAAACUAUCUCCUAUCUACAAAUGGAGAUUAUUUUCAAUUUAGUAUUGACAGAUACAAUGCAGCUACUGAGAACUUAAAAAAACAAUAAGAUUUUAGUAAUCCUAUGAAAAUUGUAGAGAAUGUGGCUUUCUAGUAUCCAAAUUAUAAUGAAACAACCAUUUUAACAACAAUCUUAAACUGCGAGUUAAGUUUACCAUUUGAUGUUUAUAUAAAAUGA